AUGGUCAAAGACACAAAGUUUUACGACAUCCUGGGGGUGCCGCCUGACGCAUCCGACUCGCAGCUGAAGUCGGCCUACAAGAAGGGCGCCCUCAAAUACCACCCAGACAAGAACGCGCACAACCCAGAAGCUGCAGACAAGUUCAAAGAGCUCUCCCACGCAUACGAAGUUCUCUCGGACCGCGAUAAGCGAACAAUAUACGACCAGUAUGGCGAGGAAGGCCUUGAACAAGGCGGAAUGGGCGGCGGCGGCAUGGCUGCCGAGGACCUAUUCGCACAAUUCUUCGGAGGCGGCGGCGGUCCGUUCGGCGGCAUGUUCGGGGGCGGUGGUAUGAGGGACACUGGCCCAAAGAAGGCCCGCACAAUCUCCCACGUCCACAAGGUCUCCCUCGAGGACAUCUACCGCGGCAAGGUCUCGAAGCUGGCUCUGCAGAAGUCAGUCAUCUGCCCGAAGUGCGAUGGCCGCGGUGGCAAAGAGGGCGCAGUCAAGAAGUGCGCUGGCUGCGACGGCCGUGGUAUGAAGCAUAUGAUGAGGCAGAUGGGCCCCAUGAUCCAGCGCUUUCAGACUGUCUGCCCCGACUGCCAGGGUGAGGGCGAGAUCAUUCGCGACCGUGACCGAUGCAAGCAGUGCAAUGGCAAGAAGACCAUCAUCGAGCGGAAGGUCCUCCAUGUGCACGUCGAUCGCGGUGUCAGGUCCGGCCACAGGAUCGAGUUCCGCGGCGAGGGCGACCAGCUCCCUGGUGUCGAGCCCGGAGACGUCGUCUUCGAGAUCGAACAGAAGCCGCAUCCACGUUUCCAGCGGAAAGACGACGACCUGUUCUACCAUGCCGAAAUCGACCUCCUCACUGCUCUUGCGGGCGGCCAGAUUCACAUUGAGCAUCUUGACGACAGGUGGUUAACUGUCGAUGUCAUCCCCGGGGAGUGCAUCAGUCCAGGUGAGGUCAAGGUAAUCCGCGGACAGGGUAUGCCUUCGUACCGACACCACGACUUCGGCAACCUCUACAUCCAAUUCGAUGUCAAGUUCCCCGACCAACUCAACGGACCGGACGGCGGCCCAAUGACCCCCGAGCAAAUCAAAGCUCUCGAAUCUGUUCUGCCUCCACGAGCCAUUCCAGCGGCCAUGCCUCCGCCAGACGCCAUGGUGGAAGACUUCACCCUCGAUAGCGUCGACCCGACUCGGGAGCAUGCUCGCGCGCGUGGCAUGGCAAACAUGGAGGAUGAGGAUGAUGAGAUGCACCCAGGUGCUGAGCGUGUGCAGUGCGCAUCUCAGUAA